AUGGCUGUUUCGGCAUCGGUUACUGCGCCCGGUCUUGAAACAGAAAUGAAGAAAAAGACUAAGUCAAAGAAGAAGAAAGGAAAGGCACCGGAAAGGGUUGAACAUGCGGUUGAAUCGGCUCCCGCGCACUCGUCCGUCCCCGUUGCCAACACUCAAAGUCGGGCCCCAUCUCGUCCGCCGAACCCAGAUACUCUUGAAGAGAACUGGGUCACGGUGGUAAAGAAGGGACGUCCGCUCCGAGAGAAAGAAGGACAGACACAACCAAAGAAAGCCAAAGGGCUGGAGCCUCGGCUUAAUCCUGCGCCGCUACUGAGGCCUCCCUUGGCAGCGGACACGGCGAAGAGAGGAAAGAAGGUGGUAAGAAACCCACCUGUUCUUCCGGCGGUUGUCACCCCCGUAGCUCCUGUGGUGACUGCUGCCGCUACUGGACCUGAAAAGGACACAAGAAGAAGAAAGGAGAAGAAGAACACGGACGGACCUUCUCGGCCGCAGAACCCGGAUACUCUGGAGGAGAACUGGGUCACUGUGGCGAAGAAGAAAAAGAAGAAGGAGGAUAAGACGCAGCCAAGAACGGGGCCGGCUCCAAAGCCAAAGAAGAGUCCCCAGGCCAAGUCGAAGCCGAAGCCGAAGCUUAGAAUGCCCCGGUCGUCGGCCGUUGUGAUCACCCUCACCGAUGAGGAAGGGCUGGAGCCUCGGCUUAAUCCUGCGCCGCUUCUGAGGCCUCCCUUGGCAGCGGACAAGGCGAAGAAAGGAAAGGAGAGGGCGGUAAGAAACCCACCUGUCCUACCGGCGGUUGUCACCCCCGUAGCUCCCGUGGUGACUGCCGUCGAUUCUAGACCUGAAAAGGUCACAAGGCGAGGAAAGGAGAAGAAGACGGACGGACCUUCUCGGCCACUCAACCCGGAUACUCUGGAGGAGAACUGGGUCACGGUGGCAAAGAAGACAAAGAAGAAGGAGGAUAGGACGCAGCCAAGAACGGGGCCGGCUCCAAAGCCGAAGAAGAGUCCCCAGGCUAAGUCGAAGCCGAAGCCGAAGCUUAGGAUGCCUCGGUCGUCGGCCGUUGUGAUCACCCUCACCGAUGAGGGCAAGGAGAAGAUGACCUACAGCAAGAGAACUGUCUGCGAGGAGACGAGGGUCCUGAGCGCCGAGAACCAGCGCCUAAGAGAGAAGCUAGAAGAGCUUACCCGGAAGGUGGAGAACCUUCAGAAGUCUUCUGGAUCCCCAAACAUGGAGGAGUUGGAGGCUAGUCUCCUGCGAAAGCUGGGGGACAAGAUGAAUGCCCGCAUCGAGGGAUUAGAGCCCCGGCUCAACCCAGCGCCGUUGCUUCGGCCCCCGUUGGCGGCAGACAGAAGAAGAAAGGAAAAGGAGACGGUGACACCUGCUACUUCCGUAGCGACUGUUGUGGCAUCUCUACCUGAGCAGAAGAAAAAAGCCAAGAAGGCAAAGGACAAGGAGGAUCCAAGGCCGCCGAACCCAGACUCUCUGGAGGGAACCUGGGCUUCGGUGGUCAAAAGGAAGAAGAAGAAGGAAAAGUCGCAUCCGCAACCGGCACCGGGAAAGGCACCUAAUGCCAAGAAGAGUCCCAAGGCUAAGGCGAAGCCUAAACUCAAGACUCCCCGGUCGUCGGCAAUAGUACUCACCCUCACGGACGAGGGAAAGGAAAAAGCGAUGCUGACCUAUCAGAAAGCCCUGCUCAUCGCGAGGGGCUCCUAUGGAAACAUAGGCAGAAGAAGGCCAAGACGGCGAUACGCGCGCGCAAGCUGUGCGACAUCUGCCCUCGGCUCGGGGCUGGGCAAAGGCUUAGCUGAUACCAGCCCCUUGACCGAACAGAGCAGUGGCAGACGGGCUCUUGGAUGGUUUAGUGGGUAG